UAAGAAUCCGUCGCAAACAAUCGAGGCGUACAUAUUCAGCAGAUCAAGCUCGCGAUUUCAAGAUACUUUACAAAGCUUGAUAAUCAUCGCUUAGAAUUGAUCAAUCAAGAAGCACUCAGAAAAAAAAAAUAGAAACAAACAAAAGAAACAAACCGAGACAAUAAACGCAAUGUGCAGCCGUAGCUCGAGUUGUUGGGAGGAGCAUUUGGAAACUCAAACCGACGACUUUCGCCCGAAUAACACGCCCGGCCCGCUCUCGAUUGCGAUAUUCUUCCUAGGAUUCAUCGUGCUCAACCAUUCGAUCCGCCGCCUAUUUCUAUCCGGAGCUGCGGGCCGCGAGCAGCUGCCUAACCCAGACGAUUCGCGGGAGUCUAAUAAGCGCGACAGAGCCGACGAUGAUGGUCAUGGGAAGGAGGAAGAGGGGACGACAUCGAGCGAUCUGAUGCGGAUGAUGCUCGUCCAACACCAGCACCCUUCAAGCCGCCUCCCUUCCAAUCCCUUCGCUCGUGCUUUGCUGCCGGACCCCGCUAUCUCGAUCUCCGCCACCCCCAUCGCCUCUACUCCCCUUCCCAACACAUGGGUCGACUCGCAUCGGAAUUUCCGGCAGCCCUUUCACUCCGCUGGUUUCCGCUCCUCGGCUGCUCCUAAUCUCUCUGAAUUCUCAGAUAGUUGUAGUGAAUCUACUACUUCUGCUUGACCAAUAUAUUCUUCUAUCCUCUUCACUUGUUCUCACAAUGUGUCCUCCUUUUCAUUUCACUUGUAAACUCACCCCUCUUCUCGCCAUCCUUCUCCUUCUUUUUUCCUGUUAGGUCUCCACAUCAAUUUUCUGACAUCUUUUUUCUUUGCUGCUAAGGAUUUGUACAAUACACAAAGUAAUAUAUAAACACAGACAUUCUCAACUUCUUUCCCCCCUCCCCCGUCUCCCCUUCAUCAGAAAUCGUUCGCCAAGAAGCUCAAAGCACUCUGCCAUUUUGGUUUGUUAAAAUCCCA